GAACUCCGAAGGCCACUCUCUCUCCCUUCCCUUCCAUUCACCUCUCUCCGGUUCCCCCAUCAAACAACGACGAAGACGGCGGCGACGACACGCAUACGUCUCAGCGUACGUACACGGGAGCAGCCGCGUACCGUGCGGGCCAUGGGCCUCCUCGACCAGCUCUGGGACGAAACGGUGGCCGGCCCAAGGCCGGAUCACGGGCUCGGCAAGCUGCGCAAGUACUCCUCUUUCUCCCCUUCGUCUUCCUCGUCGACGGCGGUGGCGGCCGCCGCGCCGGCGGUGACCCGUAGCAUCACGAUUGCACGCCCGCCGUCGCUGGCCGUCCCGUCCGGCGAGUCGAGCUCCGUGCCGUCGUCCCCCGCCAGCGUUCCGGACUCCCCGUUCGCUGCAGCUGCUACCACGCCCAGGGGGGAGGGCUGGAGGGCGCUCCGCCGGAAAUCCAAGAUGGCCGACGUCGUCGUCGGGGCGGAGGCGGCCGUCGGGCCCAGAAGCCCCACCGUGUACGACUGGGUGGUGAUCAGUUCGUUGGACCGAUGAAUGACUGGCACAAACGGAUUUCCGAAAUAAGCAAAUCGAGCAGAGCAGAGCAGAGGAAGCUAACUAGCUAGCGUCUGUGGCUGAGCCGUCCUGUUUUAUGUACACCUUGACCUUCAGUCUGUGUAGUAGUUGUAGUAGAUCCGGAGGCGAUCGAGAUGCGUUGCCUUCUUCCGGGGAAGAGGAACAUUGAAGAUGAAGAUUGCAAUGCAAGUGUUCGGUCCUGCUUCGUUUUCCUAUCGUACCGGCCCCUCUCUGUAAUCGAGCACCGCGGGGUUUUAAAAAAAAAGGCAAAGAGUGACCGUGCUCUUCUGAUUCUCAGUCCUUUUUUGCUUGUUUUGCACUCAACAGUCCAGUGAUUCCUGAGGAGGAACACUGAGACUCUGUUCUGUAGCUUCUACUAAGCCUGAAGAUGCUAGUAUUCUGCAUGUCAA